GGUUUGUUGGUGUUACUGCUUUACAGUGCAGUGUGUCAUUUAAUUUCAGUACACACUAUGCUAGCUGAAUGAAAAUGGAUUCAUGUCGACUUACAGGUGAUUUAUGGUGCAUCUUUUCCGCAGAUACAGACGCAGAGAUUUUUAGAUUUGGCAACUGAUUUUCAGCAGAGAACUCGCUGGUGCUUUGCUAAAGGGGAAGUGCAGGGGAAAAAAAAGUGUAUGCGUGUGUUAGUUAUUUUGAUAUUGAUAUUAACUCCAAAUUCAGUGCUUCUGUAUUCCAAUUAAUCCGAUUAAAAAUCGGGGUUUAUCAGAUCAGUAUCGGAUCAUUGUCAGAUGAAAGGUUCAUUUUUCUCAUAUACUUUGCCGUUUGAUGUAAGUAGGGCAUCCUUGAUUUGGACCAGAUUACUUUGUUGCGUAUCGCACUGAGUUUAGAUUUUUCCCCCUUUCUUCCUCCAGAAAUGAACGACACCCUGACUCGCGCCGUCUUCUGCUCCUGAGGUCUACGUUCCUACCCUGCUGAAAUGUAGCUCUGUAAACAUAUCGGGACAUUACAGUUAGACUUAAUGAUAAGUUGCUGCAACCAGUAAAAUAUAAGAAUAUGGAGUCCAGAACAAGCUCUGAUACUCAGCAAACAUCCUCCGGGAUCCUCCACUCGCACACAUCUCACGAACAAACGCAGAGAAGCAGCCAAGAGAGACCUCACUGCUGCUUGGAGUGCGGAAAGAGUUUUAGUAAGCUGCAUCGUCUUCGCAAACACCAGCGUACUCACACUGGAGAGAAGCCGUAUUCCUGCUCAGAGUGCGGGAGGAGGUUUACUCUGCCGAGUAGCCUCCGAAUACACCAACGCAUCCACACAGGAGAGAAGCCGUAUCCCUGCUCAGAGUGCGGGAGGAGGUUUACUCUGCAGAGUCAUCUCCAGCAACACCAGCGCAUUCACACAGGAGAGAGGCCAUUUCAGUGCUUAGAGUGCGGGAAAAGUUUUAAUCGACAAACAACUCUCCAGCAGCACCAGCUCAUUCACACAGGAGAGAAGCCGUAUCACUGCUCAGUGUGUGGGAAGAGGUUUACUGUACACAGUAACCUCAAGACACACCAGCGCAUUCACACAGGAGAGAAGCCGUAUUACUGCUCAGAGUGUGGAAAGUGUUUUACUCUACAGAAUCAUCUCCAGCAACACGAGCUCAUACACACAGGAGAGAAGCCGCAUAACUGCUCGGUGUGCGGGAAGAGCUUUUCUCAAAAGGAAACCGAUUUUGUGACACUCUUUUACCGGCGGUCGGGCUACCAGAGGAGACAGAAGACGCUGCUCCAGACACCUGCCGAAGCGUCUACCUUCGAAGGAUACAUAAGUGUAUGUUACCAAGGAAGUCUUUUACAGGUUUUAAAGUGACAUGACUUCAUCCAUGCCCAGAGAGGACAGACGAACAUGGAGCAAUCCAGCUAUAGGUUAAAUUCUGUAUUUAUAUAUUCUCUGUAUUGUGUAUUUUGUACUUAAUGUAAAGUAAAAUAAAAUCUAAAGAGUAGAA